CUAAAAUGUCACAUUGCCCUGCUCCAGCAACAGGCACCAUGGCAGAGGUUCGCUCGCUACCUCCUCUCGAGAUGCUUCAACCAGCCGCGGAAUACACAUAGCUGGAUACAACGAUGUGAUGUUAAGGGACUUUCUUUUCAGAAUUUGCCAUAAGUGUCCUUUCAUUGCUAGCCUUCAGUUGGUGACCGACUUCCAAGAUUUGCAAUGGCUCCGUACAUGUCGGUCGAGCGAGCACACCGGUCAUAUGGCCCCGUGGACAAAGAGGCUCUCUCCAGUCAACUCUCCAAGUCGGAACGACGGCUGCUGCGUUUAGGUCUGGUCAAGUCGGAACGGUGGAGACAGCUGCCAACAGAGGGUUUGUACCAGGUCGUCAUCCUGGAAGUACUUGACGAUGGGCGACCAUACCCUUUGAAGCGCGGGGGAGGGAGGGCGUUCGCCGUCGCCUCAGUGCUUGAUCUUGGGCUAAGGAUGCUGGAAUGUUCACAAGGCCGAGAAGCCCUCGAGAACCUGGCAGGAAAGGCAAUUCGCCUCUGGAGAGAAAGGCCCGCCCAAGGCCACUGCCAUGCGCCCGCCAAGAUGGACCUACCCGGUGCAGUUGACGAGUUUCUGCGCUCCGUACGCUACCGCUUCCCCAUCGUCAAACUUGAUGACCGGAACGGGUUCUAUCACGAAGAGGACACCGAGAAGAUCUUCCCCUCCUGGAUCGACGAGCUUUCGAUGCUAAAGCAGUCCAAAUUCAACCCCAAAGCAGCAGCCGUGCUGCACCUGAAUUGGCAGCUGGUCGACAAGCUCUACUGGGCAAGACUCAUGGCCGACGUCGCCCGCCGGCACCGCCACGAGGACGUGCUGGAAACGCAAACAGUGCGCUUCCAUCGUCUGCAAUUCCAUCUCGCCGCCAUGGUCACGCACCAUCUCUGCCAUCUCUUUGUCAAUUUCCUGCGCGAGUUCGAGGGGCUGGCUGGCCAAGUCACCGACGACGACUUCCUGCGGCUGGUUAAGCACCAUGAUCCAGGCGCCGAGUUUGAGGCUGUGUUCUUCGGCGGGCGGCCCAAGGUGUUCAUCGACUACAAGGGCCCACGCGAGGAGAGCUACCCGGGGCGAAGCUACGUGAUCAGGCGUGCCAGCAGCAAUGAUAGGAGGGUGGCUGCUGUGGUUGCUCAGGAUAGGAUUGAAGCAUAUCUCAAGGGUGUGAUGCUGUUAGAUUUCUCCGUACCUCUCUUCACCGAAGCAGAGGGAGAACUCCCUCUGAUGGAGGCGUACCGGGACGUCAAGAGACGCUACGGCGAUUCCAAACAGGAGAGUUUUCAGUGGCAACAGGGCGCAACUGGCGCUAGGCGAGCUGCAGAGGUCGGCUCGGCGGGUGAGCUAUCGCUCAGUGUGCCCUGGAAUAUCCACGGCGCCGAGUAUCAGACGUUGAAAAAGGCCUCUUUUGACCCGGCCAUCAGGCUUGCCGAUUUUCAGGGCUUUUAGGUGACAUGGUUGACGUACGGAUAUAGACGAUGGAUAAUAUUUUCAGUGGUGUUAUUCUACAAUCCUCACACGCAGAGUGAUCUGUAUUGCUAUGCUUGACAUACCUUAGGACCCUAUAAACGACAUGGUGUUCACGGACUGC